UUCACCCUUUCGAGUACUUUUCAAGUGAUUUUCACACAAAAUGGGCAGAUAUGAACUCCCCUGGAAUUUAAAAAAAAAGAGAACCCCCUUGGCAGAAGCUGAUAAUGGGCCUGUGAUGGGACAGGAUACCAAUUUGACAUUGCAAUCAGGUGAUAAUCUACAGAAAAAUGGUAAACUGUCUCCACAGUUUUUACAGUGCGAGUCAAUAUCUGAAUAUUGCUCGACUCAGCACCAAUCAACCCUAUUAAUAAACAAUCAAAAACCACAGUUAAAUAGUAUGUGGAAAAUACUCCGUGAGUAUAUUCUCUAUGAUUCCAAAACUUCACACAUAUACAAGAAAUGUGAUACUAUUUACUGCACCACCCUCCAUAUGUUUGUCAACCGGGGUCGCUUGUUAAGCCUGUUUAUGUUUGGUGAUUUAAAAAACGUUCAUCAAUUUGUAAUUUCCAAACUGAAGUAAUAACGGAAAUUAUUAUAUACCCAAUAUGUAACACUAAUCCUGAUUGGUCAAUACCUAGUCACGUGUUCCGAAAUAGAUUUACUAUUUCCCUCGGAAAGUUAUAUUCCCUCAAAUGUGACGUCAGCGGGAAUAUACAUUUGAACUAUUGCCCACUGACGUCACAAUUGCAACUUCUAUUACCUUGGAGACGUCUGCGCAUCAUCACUGCGCAGACGAAAAACAGAAAAAUGGAGGAUGAGCACAAACACAAAUCAACUCCGUUCACCAUGACAGACGUGCGUGAACGAUACAAUAUAAGCAACGUGUAUAAAGUUCCCUAAGCUCAAUACGUCUGUGUAAUUUCAAGUGUUAUGAUAAUCUAUUCCGCGUGUUAAACUCGAUUGAAU